UUUUCUCGCACACAAAACUCAAAACUCGCAGAAAGCUCGAUCAACAUGGGUCGAAAUCUGCGGCAUCAACACAAAUAUACACCUGCUGUAGGGAUAAAAGAAGAUUUUGAGGAUCUUCUGCAACGUUUUAUAGCAACAGAAACUGUUAGAUAUGAAAAUUUUGUGGAAAUAUGGCGCGACAUGAAAAUGCCAUUGAUUUUUGCAGGAAGACAAUCCGAAAGAGAAGUUUGCGAGUUUACAGAAGAAUGCUUCAGGAUAGCUUCACAAUAUGUUGUGGCGCCUUACAAUUUCCAGGUGCGAGUGGGUGCUCUCUACCUCCUGUAUGGACUUUUUAACACACAACCUCUGUGUAGUAGAGCCAAGAUUAGAGUAACAAACUCGAUGUGGCUUGACCUGUUAGAAUUCCAAAGUGAGGCUCAGCGUCAACAGCAUCUUGAUGUCGACUUCAUUUUUCACAAACUUCGUUUCCAAAAUGGUUUCUUAUUUACUGCCAAACCAGUUGAGGUAAUACAUACUGUAGACAAGACGAAGGAUGAAGCGUCUCUGUCUGAGGAGUUUAAGGAAGAGCAGAGUGUUCUAUUUGACCUUUUCUCUACAGAAAUGUUGGAGCAAAUGGCAACUGUACAUCAGCACUAUGAGGCUAUAAAAGUCUCCCUGGAGGGUCCUCAGGCCACGAAGCCUUCACGGUCACUAUCGGUCAUCAAACAAGAUGUGGUACCAGGAAUUACGAAGGCUGUCAUCUACUACCAGGACCGACGGAGAGCAGGGACCAACAAGAGAAAGACUACAGCAGAUAUGGAUGAGGAUAUCGGUUCCGACUCGAUGGACAAUGAUGAUGAGGAAGAUGUUGACACUAAACCAUCGAAGAAACUCUUACUGAAAGAAAAAGCAUUUGCUAAAGCUGCUGUCCCUAGUGGUCGCUUUCGUCGUGGUAAAGUUUCCGCUUCAUCGGGUAGUGAACGUGAUGAACCUAAAGCCCCUGAAUCAGUACCAGAUGUUCCGGUCCCUGUGAAAGAGAUGUCAGAUGAAGAUCCUGAUGAGGAUUCCGACCAGGUGAAGGCCCUUAAGCAGUCCUUACAGAACAUGCCGGUUAUCCCGACAGGUGAUGACGAAGCCUCGAGGAAACGGCCCAGGAAAAAAGGUAAAAGCCCUACAAAGAAAAAAGCUGUGUCUGCAAAGCUUGUUGUGACCCCGCUGCCUGCUUACAGUCAAAAGGUUAAAGAUGGCAGUUCACCAGAUAAACCUCGUCGUCGUGGUAGGGGCAGACCUCGGAAAAAGUGAAAUUCUGUUAAUAACCUAUAACUGUUAUCAAAUGUACUUGUUUUUUAUUGUUAUUAAAUAUACCUGUUUUCAUCAUA